AUGCCCAGAGUUAAUAAGCGGCAACAGAGAGAACUAGAAGAACUACAACAAUUAGAAAUUGGUCAGGUGGCAAAUGAAUCUGGCCAAGACGUGCCUGAGGUGGAGGAAGAGGUGGAAGUGACAGAAGUGGCCCAAGGCACGUCCAAGUUCGAUCUAUUAAUGGGCGACGAUGACGAUAAAGAAGAGAGCGAAGAGGAGGCAGCCCCAGCGGCAGGGAAAAAGUCAAAGAAGAAAAAGAAGAAGAAGAAGCCCGCUCCGGGGGUACUUGCUCAAACUAGUGCGACCUCGAAAACCACUCCCCAAAACAAAAACAAGGUUACAGCUGGAAAGGCUGGGAAAGACAAAUCCGGAAAGGACGAGAUCGACCUUGCCCUAGAGGAACUCGCCGAGAAACUUCCCCAUUUACAGACCUCAGGGAAGAAGGCCCAGCAUGUGAACGAGGGGCUCGCCAGUGCUACCUCUCAAGCGCUCUUCUCACUUCUGGGCGCAUCAUUGAAGGAUUUCGAUAGCGAAGCCGAAAUGCGGCGAUUUUUUGGUUCGAAAGUGGUAAACAGUGCAAAACCCAGCCAACGAGUAUCCAAGGUCUCACGCUCCCACUUAACUCGACCUACCCAGCAAUGGGGUUUGGCCGGCACACCCCAUGGGAUUUCCAUGGUACCUUUGGACGACUAUGAAAGGCGCCGAAAAGGGUAUACACGGGGCGGAGAAAAGUGGUGGAACGUUGAACAUUCUGUUGAUUAUAAGCGCACGCAACUGAAAUUUCUUAACUGUGUUACACUUUCUGAACCGUCGGCAUUAUUUACAUUGUACAGGAAUGAGCCAUGGCACAUUGAUACACUUCUCCAAAUAGGAGAAAUCAUGAAGCAUCAAGAAGGCGAGUCUCGGAUCGUUCUGGCUUUCGUGUGA